GUCCACAUGGGAUGGACGAGACGAGACUCAAUGAAAUUAAGGGCUUUAUUUUAAGAUUCAUGUUUUUCAAACGCUCUCUGUUAUGUGUUUUAUUUCAAAUGCAGCCGUUAUUUUACUUGAAAUGAGAAAAUAUCAUCUAUUUAUUAUUAGUGCUCUUAUUAUUUAUAAUCCCUCUAGUUCAGUGUGAAAACUAACAAUAAGUACUGUUGACAUAUGUUGAAAUUUUAUCUCUCAUACACAUGCUGACUACAUCCAGACGUUGCAAUAGCUGCUAGGCUGCUUCAGUGUGUAUAACGCAAAGUUAGACAUUAUAAGAUCCGGACCUUUGCCUGAGGGAAUCUUCUCCCACCGGACCCCUCUGAAUUUUAACCGAAUACCCCCGUUUAACACUAUAUUUUUAGAAGUGAGCAGAGCAGCGCGCGGAUCGAGAAAAACUCCAACUUCCACCGUCUGUAACGCCCGCCGCUUCCAGCCAAUCGCAGCGCUCCGCUCCACGUGGUGUUUUGAAGGACGCUCCUGGCUUGUUUUGGAUUUGUCGGGGGGCCACAUGGAGGCACGGGCUAACCUUCCUGUAGUUUUGGCUCUGGCCCCGUACUGCCCCCCACACUGCCAGUGAGACAACAAGCCGCUUGCCCCAGCCAGCCAACCCGGUGUCGUGAGAGAUGUCAGCCGGCGGUCAGACCACCGGGAGCCGGGAAAUCCCGGCCGUCAGACGCGUCGCCGUCCACGAGGCGGCUCACAUGCCCCAGGACUACUCCACGACCCCCGGAGGGACUCUGUUCAGCACCACGCCAGGAGGCACCAGGAUCAUCUACGACAGGAAGUUCCUCCUGCAGUGUCGGACGUCUCCUCUGACUCGCACGCCUCCCAACCUACCUGACAUCCCCGGAGUCACCAGGCCGCUCAAGCCCAACGACUCCACCGACACGAACCAGCCCGAACUGACACCGAACAGUAACACUGACCACAGCCUGCGCAAAGAGGAGAGCGCGGGAGAAGAUGACCAGUUUGAAAUGGACAUCUGAAGAGAGUCAGCUACAAGUAUAAAAAUAAUUCUUAACAUGUGGAUUGUUUUUGUUUACCAUGGUAAAUCAGUUGCAAUGAGAAGCCUAGUCUUAAUAAAACAAGACGGUAAUUUUUUUUUUUUUUUUUGGUAAAACUUAAUACGUGUUAAUAUGUUGUACUUGUGUAAAACAACACUAACUGUUGCAUAAAAGUGUUUUUUCACUUUGAUAAUAUUCGACUUUGUAUGACGUGUGACAUCUUUUACCACUAAGUCAACAUUUAAUUCAUUAAUAUUUGAUGUGAUUUGAGCCAUUGAAUUUAAAAACAUAUCUUAAAAAUGUUAAAUGUUGUAUGAGUAAAAAAUUGAAAUUCUGAGCUUUACUUAGGUAAAAUAACAGUUAAGUAGUUUGCUAUUUUUUGGUGCUCACACAUAGACUUGAGGGGGACUGCGGACAGUCCUGUGAACUCAGGGACGCAGCUGUACGCUGAUCUUUAAUGGACAUGGGUUAACCAGACAUACAUUAGCCAAACCAGCCUGUUUGUCUUCAUCCCUGAAGUUUUUUUCUCUUGUAAAACUAAAAAAAUAUUGCUCGGAAACUCUUAAAGGACAGGACAUUAUUUUUCAACUUUGUCUAAAAAAUAAAUAGUCAGGUGUCUGUAUUUUAGCAGGUUUAGCAACCUAAUUUCAACUUGUAUAAACACAGUCAUAAAAACCUUUGAACACUUUGUUCAAGAUAAGAAAUAAUUUAUUGUAUUACUGUACAUAGUGAACACACAAAUGGAUCAAUGUGACCCAAAUAUCUUAAUAAAGUUA